AUGGAUCGUAUCGAGCAUGCCUACCAGUCCAGCCGUGGGCCGGAAAUUGGAAUCUUCGGUGGAAUGAUCCUUGCUACCAUGUUCGUCGACCAAACGGAAAAGUGGGAGCCACUUGUUCUCUCCCACACUAGCAAAGCAUUUGCUACGGUACACCACUACAUUUAUACGCUUCUCGCUUCGAUAUGCCCGGAGCCUCAUGUUCAAGACCAGGUUUGGAACUUUCUCCUGGACUUACUGGCGCCAACGUAUCGGAGAGCUAUGGAUCAUGCUCGUUUCCUCCUGCGGAUAGAGCGAGGAGGUCGACCUACGACGUUCAACCACUAUUUCAGCUCGGUUCUGCAGGAGAAACGCAGUGGAAGUCUUCGAGAUGCCUUGAAGAAACACAGAAAGGAGUUUCGUGAUGGGAAAGGCACGUACAUCGACUUCGACCACGUUGAAAACUACGCAGAAAACAAAUCCAACACCCAGAAGGUCUGCGAGAAUAUCCUUGAUAUCACCACAAGCUACUACAAGGUUUUCCGCAAGCGCUUCGUGGAUACGAUCUACCAGCAAGUCGUGUUCCACUUCCUCCUAGAGUGCGAUGACAGUCCGCUGAAAAUUCUCACCCCGGAGCUCGUCAUGGGCCUGGAGGCAGAACGACUCGAGGAGAUCGCCGGCGAGCAUGCGGAAGGCAAGCGCCGAAGAGAACUGCUGAACCACCAGAUCAAAAGUCUGGAGGCUGCUGUGAAAGUUCUCAAACGAUAG